AUGCCGGGCCGAGCGGAGUCGGGCGAGGCCGACGAGGAGGCCGGGGCGGGCUCGGGGUCCGAGGCGGAGGAGGACGCGCUCUGGGAGCGGAUCGAGGGCGUGCGCCACCGGCUGGCGCGCGCCCUGAACCCGGCCAAGCUCACGCCGUACCUGCGCCAGUGCCGGGUCAUCGACGAGCAGGACGAGGAGGAGGUGCUCAGCACCUACCGCUUCCCGUGCCGCGUGAACCGCACCGGGCGCCUCAUGGACAUUUUGCGCUGCCGUGGCAAGAGGGGCUACGAAGCCUUCCUGGAAGCCCUGGAGUUCUACUACCCCGAGCACUUCACGCUGCUCACGGGCCAGGAACCCGCCCAGCGCUGCUCCAUGAUCCUCGACGAGGAGGGUCCUGAGGGCCUGACCCAGUUCUUGAUGACGGAGGUGAGGCGGCUGCGGGACGCUCGCAAGAGCCAGCUGCAGCGGGAGCAGCAGCUGCAGGCUCGGGGCCGCGCCCUGGAAGAGGAGCGGGCCGGGCUGGAGCAGCGGCUGCGGGAGCAGCAGCAGACGCAGGAGCGCUGCCAGCGGCUGCGGGAGGACUGGGAGGCCGGCAGCCUGGAGCUGCUGCGGCUCAAGGACGAGAACUACAUGAUUGCCAUGCGCCUGGCGCAGCUCAGCGAGGAGAAGAACUCGGCCGUGCUGCGCAGCCGGGACCUGCAGCUGGCGGUGGAUCAGCUGAAGCUCAAAGUCAGCCGCCUGGAGGAGGAGUGUGCCCUGCUGCGGAGGGCCAGGGGACCCCUGCCUGCUGCCGAGGAGAAGGAGAAGGAGUCGGACGGUGUGGACCUGCUCUCAGAGCUGCGGGCUGAGAACCAGAGGCUGAUGACGUCACUGCAAGAGCUCCAGGAAGGUCUGCAGCAGGAGGUGAACCGGCCAGGGGCGGCGGGCUCCGAGCGCAUCUUGCUGGACAUCUUGGAGCAUGACUGGCGGGAGGCGCAGGACAGCAGGCAGGAGCUGUGUCAGAAGCUGCACGCCGUGCAGGGCGAGCUGCAGUGGGCGGAGGAGCUGCGGGACAAGUACCUUCAGGAAAUGGAGGACCUGCGGCUCAAGCACCGCACGCUGCAGAAGGACUGUGACCUGUACAAGCACCGCAUGGCCACCGUGCUGGCCCAGCUGGAGGAGAUCGAGAAGGAGAGGGACCAGGCCAUCCAGAGCCGAGACCGCAUCCAGCUACAGUACUCCCAGAGCCUGAUUGAGAAGGACCAGUACCGCAAGCAGGUGCGGGGACUGGAAGCCGAGCGAGAUGAGCUGCUCACCACGCUUACCAGCCUGGAGGGUGCCAAGGCCCUGCUGGAGGCACAGCUGCAGCGGGCCCAGGGGGGCUCCUGCCUCAAGGCUUGCACCUCCUCCCACUCCUUGUGUUCGAACCUUAGCAGCACCUGGAGCCUCACUGAGUUCCCCUCCCCACUGGGAGCCCCGGAAGCCACCUCAGGAGAAGCCGGAGGAUCGGAGCCUCAUACCUCGGAAGAAGCCACAGACAGUGAGAAGGAGAUCAACCGCCUCUCCAUCCUGCCCUUCCCUCCCAGUGCUGGCUCCAUCCUCCGCCGGCAGCGUGAAGAGGACCCAGACCCCCAUAACAGGGCCUUCAGCAGCAUGUCUGACAUCACAGGGAGUGUGACCCUUAAGCCCUGGUCCCCAGGCCUGUCUUCCUCUUCUUCCUCGGACAGUGUGUGGCCUUUGGGAAAGCCUGAAGGCCUCUUGGGCAGGGGCUGUGGCCUGGACUUCCUUAACAGGUCUCUGGCCAUUCGCGUGUCAGGCUGGAGCCCCCCAGGGGGCCCAGAACCCCAGGAUAAGGGCCCAGAUAGUCUGUCACUCCUUGGGGACAGAUGGUCUGGGACAGUGGUGCGCAGGGUGCUGUCAGGGCCUGGGUCAGCCAGGACAGAACACAGAGAGCCCAGGGCAGAAGGCGCUUGCCUCGAGGGCUCAGGCCUGGAAGCUGAGGCCCAGCAGAGGACCUUGCCCUGGAGCCAGGGCUGCACGCUCCCCCACCUGCUGGACUCCAAGGCCUGCCAGUCCUUCCAUGAGGCCCUGGAGGCCUGGGCGAAAGAGCCAAGCCCAGAACCCUUCUACAUCCGAGCCAACCUCGCCCUGCCCGAGCGGGCGGAUCCCCACGCCCUUCGCGUGAAAGCUCAAGAGAUCCUGCGGCUGGUGGACCCCGCGCACAAGCGAUGGCAGGAGUGGCUCUGCGCCCGGGUCGACCCCCUCACGCUGAGAGACCUGGAUCGGGGCACGGUGCCCAAUUAUCAGAGAGCCCAGCAGCUGCUGGAAGCCCAGGAAAAGUCUCUAACCUCCAGCAGACACCGGAGCCCCCGCAGUAAUCUGAAGAGGGCCCUGGAGCUGGUGAGGCCCAAGACUGCAGGGGGUGCUGCGGGGGACAACGCAGAGCAGCUGCCCCAGGAACCCUGCUCAGAGCCCCAGCGGAGCCCCAAACCCUACAGCCUGGUGCGGCCGCUGCUGGUGUCCGCGCUGCGGCCCGUGGUGCUGCUGCCCGAGUGCCUGGCACCCAGGCUCAUCCGCAAUCUGCUGGACCUGCCCAGCUCCAAGCUGGACUUCCAAGUGUGCCCGGCAGAAAGUCUUUCUGGGGAGGAACUGUGCACAUCCUCUGCACCCGGAGCCCCCAAAGCCCGUCCUGCCACCCCAGGGCUGGGCAGCAGGAUCCGUGCCAUUCAGGAGUCCGCUGGGAAGAAGAAGCACUGUCUGCUGGAGCUGGGCGUGCGCGGGGUGCGGGAACUGGUGCAGAGCGAGGUGUACCCCAUCGUCAUCCACGUGGAGGUGACAGAGAAGAACGUCCGCGAGGUCAGGGGCCUGCUGGGCCGCCAGGGCCAGCGGGACUCGGAGCUUUUACGGCAGUGCCGCAGUUCGGAGCAGCGGCUUUGGGGGCUGCCUUGCUCCUGGGUGCAGGUGCCCGCCCAUGCUUGGGCCCACGCGGAGGAAUUGGCCAAGGUGGUGCGUGGCCGCAUCCUGAAGGAGCAGGCCCGCCUCGUGUGGGUGGAGCGAGGCAGUAGCCCAGGGGGCAGCGGCGGCAGCAGCGAGGCCUGAGGAGCCACCUUACGUCCCGCCUUCCCCCCCAUAUCCGAGUCUUCUCCAGCGGAUGGAUGCCCAAGGCCUCCUCCACCUGGUGCCCGGACGUUCCCCAUUUAUACCAGGGCUUCUUCUAGUCCCGCAGAGGCCGCCAACCACGGGGCACCCGGGUCUGCCAGGGAGUCAGAUCCUCCAGUGUGGGACCUUGUCGCCAGGUUCUCUUGCCAGUUUGUUACUGGUCCAGCAGAGGCUGCCUGGGCGCGUGCCUGGCCCCCCCACACUCCCGCACUUGCUGCUCUGGGCCUCCCCUCGGUCCUCACGCUCCCACACUCCCAUUUGUGGGUGUCUGUGUUCUCUCCUUACACUAGUUCACUCUGGAGACGGAGUUCUCAUACCUGUGCCUGGGUUUACACACUCACGUUCUCACGGGGCAGUUACCACUUCUGUCCCUCAUCCCUCCACCUGGGCACACACGAUCACACACGGGUAACCGCCCCGCCUGGUAUCUUGGGUACGCUGCCACCUGUGAGUGCUGAGGCUGCCCGGGCCGGUUACCUGUGACCCCCGCCUCCAUGUCUUCACUUGUGUCAUCUGUACUUCUUUCUCAUGUGCCCGCCCCCGUGGCACUGGGCAGGGACGAGUGUGUGUUCCCACGUGCCCACCCAGGACCGUGUUCUCACAGCUGGCUUCCUGCCCCCCCCACCGUGCCUGCCCGUAGGGUGGGGGUGGGGGAGGGGAGCAGCGGCUGCUCGGCUACCGGAAUGUACGGGCCCCGUGGGUAACUCCUGGGCCCUUUCGCUCAAGCUGCACACAGAUCAUUAAAGUUUAUUGUCAGUGUU